GCGCAAUACUGACGUCACAACACUCACAGGGGGCGCGUGUUCUCUCCAAAUACACGAUUCACGAAGCUUUGUUGUAUUUUACUCAUAAGUAACUUUGAUUGAGUGGUUUACUGAUUGUUACAAAUUGUCUGGUUUUGUUUUAAAAAAAGUAACCAACAAAAUAGGAUAACUUUACGAGUUCUAAGGUACCUGUAUUUGGUCACGUGCAGAGCACGCAAGGCGAGGAAAAACAGCGAUGAAAAUCAUGAAGCGACCAAAUAUUCUACUGACAGGCACCCCUGGCGUAGGGAAGACCACCCUGGGAAAAGAGCUUGCCCAGAGGACAGGACUAACCUAUGUCAAUGUAGGCGACCUGGCACAAGAAGGGCAGCUGUUUGAUGGAUUUGAUGAAGAGUACCAGUGCCCAGUGUUAGAUGAAGACCGGGUGGUGGAUGAGCUGGAGGAUAAGAUGGGGGACGGAGGGGUGAUAGUGGACUACCACGGCUGUGACUUCUUCCCAGAACGCUGGUUCCAGAUUGUCUUCGUGCUCCGUACGGACAACACCAACCUCUACAGCCGGCUGGAGGGCAGGGGCUACACAGGGAAGAAAUUGCAGGACAAUGUCCAGUGUGAGAUCUUCCAGACCAUCUAUGAGGAGGCCAUGGAGGCCUACAAGGAGGAGAUUGUCCACCAGUUGCCCAGCAACGAGCCUGAGGACCUGGAGCGCAACCUGGAGCAGGUAGUCCAGUGGAUAGAGCAGUGGGUGAAGGACAACAACUAGCACGGACACAAACCCUAGAAACCAAAACAGUGCAUGGCUGGAAUCUUCUUCAUACUAGAAAAAACAUACCAAUGGACUCUUGUUUGUUGAAAAAAAAUAAAAAAUCUAUAUGCCUUUAACUUAUAGCAAUCACACACAUACUAGGAUAGUACUGAGGCUUUAAAUCCUGGUCCUGGUUUUGGUUUGAGCACAACAUGUAUCACACCUGAUUCUGAAUUGAUCAACCAAUCAUUGAGUUGUUGAAAUAGGUGUGAUAGUCUUGGACUGGAACAAAAAUAUGCCCCAGGUCUGAAAACGAAAUUCAUCUAGCAUAGUUGACAACAUUGAUGACAUAAAAUUGGUAAACAGUUCACUCUUAUUGUAGACAUGUUUACAGUCUAAGACGUGGACAAGCAUGGUUACUUCACUGAGCAGAGGCCCAGUGUAAUGAUAAUAAAUAUCUACGUCUCAAAUGAGCCUGUUUGCUAUAUAGUGCACUAAUUUUGACCAGGGCCUAGGACACUGGUCGACGGUAGUGCACUAUAUGUGGUAACUGGUGUCAGUUGGGAUGCACCCAUUGGCUGUGUUUAUUCCCUUCUUGGACUGUAUGGUUAACCACACCUUCAUUUAGGAUGAAAACUAGAACAGUAAAGCAUGUUUGGAUACUGACUUGCGUUGCAAGAGCUGUUCAUGUACAAGCUAGAUGUCAUGAAACGCCAUGUCAUCACAAGAUUUGGGCAGUAUUCAAGUCCAAAUGCAUGCGUCACUAUAUCUCUACUCCUAAGGGAGAUGUUUUGUCAUUUUAGAGUCUUAAGGAUGGGCAAAAUUUAAUGUGUAUUAGUUAGAUGCAUGCUGCAUUUUCUUGUGGCAUAGAUUGAUUUAAAACUGAUUUCAAUUUAUUGCAUUCCAAUGGUUAAUCUACAUUUAAAAAAAACGUGCCUUUUGGUUAAAUGAGUCUUUUUUGUUUUACUUUUUUUUUGUUUUUCAAUAGUAUUAUCUUCUUAAAUUCAUAAUUUCUUGUAGACAUUGGUAGUCAUAAACCUAAUCAUGUCAUUCAGAUUUCAACAACACUUAAUAUUGCAGGAAUUAUGUUUUUGCCAGGAGUUUUUUUUCUUUCAUUUUAGGUUUCAUAUUUCCGUUUUAUUUUGAAAAGAUGCAUGAAACAUUUCAUUUUGUCGUCAUACAGCUAGUAUUUCCAUGAAAUACUCACAGGUUUUAACAGUAGACAGUGGUCGUUUUUGUAUGGCUAAAGCUUUAUACUGUACAAGGAAGGAAUGAUGGUGGAACAACAUAAUAAAGAAUACAAAUGCAUUUAA